CUCCGCGGGCGGGGGCCGGGCACUCGGAGCAGCUCCGCCGCGGGGACUGCACCGCCCGCCCUGCCGGACCCGCCCCGACCGGGGCUCGCCGCCCGCAGCAGCCGCAGCACCGCGACCUCGGGCCCCGCGCUGGCUAUGGCUGUGCCCUGGGGCUGAGCGCGCAGGCUGUGUGACCGAGAUUCCCAAGAGAGAGACACUCCGAGGAGAGGAGAGGAAGGAGGGGCGGGCUCCUGGCAAGGCAUCCGCUCCUGAACCAAGUCCUGCGAAGAUGGAGAAGGAGGAAGAGACGACCCGGGAGCUGCUGCUGCCCAACUGGCAGGGCAGUGGCUCCCACGGGCUGACCAUCACCCAGAGGGACGACGGCGUCUUUGUGCAGGAGGUGAUGCAGAACUCCCCUGCGGCCCGCACUGGGGUGGUCAAGGAGGGGGACCAGAUUGUGGGUGCCACCAUCUACUUUGACAACCUGCAGUCGGGAGAGGUGACCCAGCUGCUGAACACCAUGGGGCACCACACCGUGGGCCUGAAGCUGCAUCGCAAGGGGGACCGUUCCCCUGAGCCUGGCCAGACCUGGACCCACGAAGUCUUCAGCUCCCACAGCUCUGAAGUGGUUCUGAGCGGGGAUGACGAGGAGUACCAGCGCAUCUACACCACGAAGAUCAAGCCUCGGCUGAAGUCAGAGGAUGGAGUGGAAGGGGAGCCUGGGGAGACCCAGAGCCGCACCAUCACGGUGACUAGGAGGGUCACAGCCUACACCGUGGAUGUGACAAGCCGCGAAGGAGCCAAGGACAUCGACAUCAGCAGCCCUGAGUUCAAGAUCAAGAUUCCACGGCACGAACUGACUGAAAUCUCCACUGUGGAUGUGGAGACCCAGCCUGGGAAGACAGUGAUCAGACUGCCCUCGGGCUCGGGGUCACUGUCCCCCACCACAGGCUCCACUGUGGACAUCCAAGCAGGGUCCAUUUCCACUUCAGGACCAGAGCUCCAAGGUGCUGGCCACUCGAAGGUCCAGGUCACCGUGCCUGGGAUAAAGGUGGGAAGCCCGGGUGUUAGUGUCAGUGCAAAGGGCCUGGACUUAGGUAGCAAAGGAGGGGUCCAAGUCCCAGGGGUGGACGUUUUGUCUUCUCUUGGGGGUGGGGCAGCAGAGUGGCAGGGCCCAGCUCUUGAGAGUGGCAAUAAUGGGAAAAUUAAAUUUCCCUCCAUGAAGCUGCCAAAAUUUGGUGUCUCAACAGGGCUUGAGGGUCAGGCCCCAGAGGCAGGGUUGAGUGUUUCUGCCCCUGAAUUCUCUGUGGGGCACAAGGGUGGCAAGCCAGGCUUGACCAUUGGCGGGAACAUCCAGACCCCUCAGCUAGAAGUCAGUGGUCCCUUUGCCAGUAUUAAGGGGCUUGAGGGGAAGCUGAAGGGCCCCCAAAUCACUGGGCCAUCCCUUGAGGGUGACCUGGGCCUGAAGGGUACCAAGCCACAGGGGAGUUCAAGGGUGGACAUCUCUGUGCCCAAAAUCGAGGGCAGCAUCGCUGGCUCCAGGGUGGAAGUUCAAACUCCUAACAUUGAUAUUCAUGGGCCAGGGGGCAAACUGAAUAUGGCCAAGGUGAAGGCCCCCAAAUUCUCUGUAUCAGGUUCUAAGGGAGAGGGAGCUGACAUUGAUGUGACACUUCCUGGGGUCUCUGGGGAUGUUGGCCUGCCUGAGGUUGCUUCUGGGGGGCUGGAAGGGAAGAUGAAAGGUCCUAAAAUCAAGACUCCUGAAACGAUUGUUCAGACACCUAAAAUCUCCAUGCAGGAUGUGGAUCUGAGCCUCAGGUCCCCUAAACUGAAAGGAGACAUUAAGGUUUCUGCUCCUGGGGUUCAAGGUGAUGUUAAAGGCCCUCAAGUGGCAGUUAAAGGCGCCAAAGUGGACAUAGAGACACCCAGCCUAGAGGGGACCGUGACUGACCCCAAGUUUAGUGGUACUUCUGGGAAAGAAGGAACCUGCAGGAUCUCUGUGGCAGACGUAGACUUAAAUGUGGCUGCACCAAAGGUGAAAGGGGGUGUGGAUGUCAUGCUUCCAAAAGUAGAGGGGAAAGUCAGUGUCCCUGAAGUUGAUGUCAGAGGCCCCAAAGUGGAUGUCAGUGCCCCAGAGGUGGACGUUCAUGGUCCGGACUGGAACCUGAAAAUGCCCAAGAUGAAAAUGCCCAAGUUCAGCACUCCAGGAGUCAAAGGGGAAGGGUCAGAUGUAGAUGUGGAUCUCCCCAAAGGUGAUGUCAGUAUUUCAGGGCCCAAGGUCAGUGUGGAAGCCCCAAAUGUCAACAUAGGGGGCCUGGUGGGCAACCUUAAAGACCCUGAUGUUCAGCUGCCUGAAGUGAGUGUCAAGACACCAAAGAUCACCAUGCCUGAUGUAGAUUUGCAUGUGAAAGGCCCAAAGGUAAAAGGAGAGUAUGAUGUAACAGCAACAAAACUUGAAGGAGAGCUGAAAGGCCCCAAAGUGGACAUUGAUGCCCCUGAUGUGGACGCUCAUGGCCCAGACUGGCACCUGAAGAUGCCCAAGAUGAAAAUGCCCAAAUUCACUGUGCCAGGGUUCAAAGCAGAGGGCCCCGAAGUGCAUGUAAACCUGCCUGCACCUGACGUGGACAUUUCUGGGCCCAAGGUAGAUGUCUGUGCUCCAGAUGUGAGUAUUGAGGGACCAGAGGGGAAAUUGAAAGGACCCAAGUUUAAGAUGCCUGAGAUGAAUAUCAAAGCCCCAAAGAUCUCCAUACCAGAUGUGGACUUACAUUUGAAAGGCCCUAGUGUAAAAGGAGAAUAUGAUGUCACAGUGCCGAAGGUUGAAGGUGAGAUUAAAGUUCCUGAUGUUGAACUUAAAAGUGCCAAACUGGACAUUGAUGCUCCAGAUGUGGACACUCACGGCCCAGACUGGCACCUGAAGAUGCCCAAAAUGAAAAUGCCCAAGUUCAGCAUGCCCGGCCUCAAAGCGGAGGGCCCAGAAGUGGAUGUGAACCUGCCCAAGACUGACAUUGACAUCGCUGGACCCAAGGUGGAUGUUGAACUUCCAGAUGUGAAUAUUGAAGGACCUGAAGGAAAGCUGAAGGGUCCCAAGUUUAAGAUGCCUGAGGUGAAUAUCAAGGCCCCCAAGAUCUCCAUGCCUGAUGUAGAUUUGCAUAUGAAAGGUCCCAAGGUAAAGGGGGAAUAUGAUGUUACAGUGCCAAAGCUGGAAGGGGACCUGAAGGGGCCAAAGGUAGACGUCAGUGCCCCAGAUGUUGGAGUUCACAGUCCUGAUUGGAACCUAAAGAUGCCAAAGAUGAAAAUGCCCAGAUUCACCAGGCCCAGCCUUAAAGGAGAGGGCCCAGAAUUGGAUGUGAACCUGCCCAAGGCUGAUGUCGACAUUUCUGCACGCAAGGUAGAUAUUAGUGCUCCGGAUCUGAGCCUUGAAGGACCAGAAGGGAAGUUGAAAGGCCCCAAGUUUAAGAUGCCUGAGAUGCACUUCAAAGCUCCCAAGAUGACCCUGCCAGAUGUUGACAUGGAUCUUAAAGGACCCAAAAUGAAAGGGAAUCUAGAUGUGUCUGCACCAAAAAUAGAAGGUGAGAUGAAAGCUCCACAUGUGGACAUCAAAGGCCCCAAAAUAGAUGUUAAAGCACCAGAUGUGGAAGUUCAGGAUGCAGACUGGAGUCUGAAAAUGCCCAAGAUGAAAAUGCCUAAAUUCAGCAUGCCAAGCUUCAAAGGCGAGGGCCUAGAUGUGGAUGUGAACCAGCCCAAAGCUGACGUUGAUGUCUCUGGACCCAAGGUGGACAUUGAAGCCCCAGAUGUGAGCCUUGAGGGUCCAGAAGGAAAGCUCAAGGGUCCCAAGUUUAAGAUGCCUGAGAUGCACUUCAAGGCCCCCAAGAUCUCCAUGCCUGAUGUAGACUUACACUUGAAAGGCCCCAAAGUCAAAGGGGAUGUGGAUGUGUCUGUGCCCAAGAUAGAAGGUGAAAUGAAAGUGCCAGAUGUGGACAUCAAAGGCCCCAGAGUGGACGUUGAUGUCCCAGAUGUGGAUGUUCAAGGCCCCGACUGGCACCUGAAGAUGCCCAAGAUGAAAAUGCCCAAGUUCAGCAUGCCUGGCUUCAGAGGAGAGGGCCCUGAAGUGGAUGUGAACCUGUCCAAGGCUGACAUUGAUGUCUCAGGACCCAAGGUGGACAUUGAAGCCCCAGAUGUGAGCCUUGAGGGGCCAGAAGGAAAGCUCAAGGGUCCCAAGUUUAAGAUGCCUGAGAUGCACUUCAAGGCCCCCAAAGUCUCCACGCCUGAUGUGGACUUACACUUGAAAGGCCCCAGAGUCAAAGGGGAUGUGGAUGUGUCUGUGCCCAAGAUAGAAGGUGAAAUGAAAGUGCCAGGUGUGGACAUCAAAGGCCCCAAAGUGGACGUUGAUGUCCCAGAUGUGGAUGUUCAAGGCCCCGACUGGCACCUGAAGAUGCCCAAGAUGAAAAUGCCCAAGUUCAGCGUGCCUGGCUUCAAAGGAGAGGGCCCUGAAGUGGAUGUGGACCUGCCCAAGGCUGACAUUGAUGUCUCAGGACCCAAGGUGGACAUUGAAGUCCCAGAUGUGAGCCUUGAAGGUCCAGAAGGGAAGCUCAAGGGUCCUAAGUUUAAGAUGCCUGAGAUGCACUUCAAGCCUCCGAAGAUCUCCAUGCCUGACAUUGAUUUAAACCUCAAGAGCCCCAAGGUGAAAGGUGAUGUGGAUGUGUCUUUACCAAAAGUGGAAGGUGAGCUUAAAGUUCCUGAAGUUGACAUGAAAGGCCCCAAAGUGGACAUUGAUGCUCCAGAUGUGGACGUUCAUGGCCCAGACUGGCACCUGAAGAUGCCCAAGAUAAAAAUGCCCAAGAUCAGCAUGCCCGGCUUCAAAGGAGAGAGCCCUGAAGUGGACGUGAACCUGCCUAAAGCUGACAUUGAUGUCUCAGGACCCAAGGUGGAUGUUGAAGUUCCAAAUGUGAAUAUUGAAGGUCCAGAUGCAAAACUAAAAGGUCCUAAAUUUAAGUUGCCAGAAAUGAAUAUAAAGCCUCAGAAGAUACCCAUGCCUGAUGUUAGUCUGCAUUUGAAAGGCCAUAAAAUGAAAGGAGAUUAUGAUGUUACGGUUCCAAAAGUAGAAGGAGAGAUUAAAGCUCCUGACGUUGACAUCGAAGGUCCAAAAGUAGACAUUAAUGCACCAGAUGUGGGAGUUCAUGGUCCAGACUGGCACCUGAAGAUGCCCAAGAUAAAAAUGCCCAAGAUCAGCAUGCCUGGCUUCAAAGGAGAGGGCCCAGAAGUGGAUGUGAACCUGCCCAAGGCUGACAUUGACAUCUCAGGACCCAAGGUGGACAUUGAUGUUCCAGAUGUGAAUAUUGAAGGUCCAGAGGGGAAACUAAAGGGUCCCAAGUUCAAGAUGCCAAGCAUGCAUAUACAAACACACAAAAUCUCUAUGCCUGAUGUUGGACUUAAUCUGAAAGCCCCUAAACUGAAAACUGAUGUAGAUGUUUCUCUUCCCAAAGUGGAAGGAGACUUGAAAUGUCCUGGAAUUGACAUAAAAGCCCCUAAAAUGGAUGUAGAUGUUGGUGAUAUAGAUGUUGAAUGUCCAGAAGGAAAGCUUAAGGGUCCCAAGUUUAAGAUGCCUGAGAUGCACUUCAGGGCCCCCAAGAUCUCCAUGCCUGAUGUGGACUUAAACUUGAAAGGCCCCAAAGUCAAGGGGGAUGUGGAUGUGUCUGUGCCCAAGAUAGAAGGUGAAAUGAAAGUGCCAGAUGUUGAAGUCAGAGGACCCAAAGUAGACAUUGAUGUCCCAGAUGUGGACGUUCAAGGCCCCGACUGGCAUCUGAAGAUGCCCAAGAUGAAAAUGCCCAAGUUCAGCAUGCCUGGCUUCAAAGGAGAGGGCCCUGAUGUAGAUGUGAACCUACCAAAGGCUGACAUUAAUGUUUCUGGCCCCAAAGUGGACAUUGAUACUCUUGAUUUGUAUACUGAGGGACCAGAAGGAAAAUUUAAAGGUUCUAAAUUUAAGAUGCCUAAGUUGAAUAUCAAAGCUCACAAGAUAUCCAUGCCAGAUGUGGACUUGAAUUUGAAGGGACCCAAACUGAAAGGAGAGAUGGAUGCUUCUGUGCCAGAACUAGAAGGUGAUCUCAAAGGUCCACAAGUUGAUAUCAAAGGUCCUAGUGUGGAUGUGGAAGUGCCUGACGUUGAUCUGGAAUGUCCUGAUGCGAAGUUGAAAGGCCCUAAGUUUAAGAUGCCAGACAUGCACUUCAAAGCCCCCAAGAUUUCCAGGCCUGAUGUAGACUUACACUUGAAAGGCCCCAAAGUCAAAGGGGAUGUGGAUGUGUCUGUGCCCAAGAUAGAAGGUGAAAUGAAAGUGCCAGAUGUGGACAUCAAAGGCCCCAAAGUGGACGUUGAUGUCCCAGAUGUGGACGUCCAGGGCCCAGACUGGCACCUGAAGAUGCCCAAGAUGAAAAUGCCUAAAUUCAGCAUGCCAAGCUUCAAAGGCCAAGGCCCAGAUGUGGACGUGAACCUGCCCAAGGCUGACAUUGAUGUCUCAGGACCCAAGGUGGACAUUGAAACCCCAGAUGUGAGCCUGGAGGGGCCAGAAGGAAAGCUCAAGGGUCCCAAGUUUAAGAUGCCUGAGAUGCACUUCAAGGCCCCCAAGAUCUCCAUGCCUGAUGUGGACUUACACUUGAAAGGCCCCAAAGUCAAAGGGGAUGUGGAUGUGUCUGUGCCCAAGAUAGAAGGUGAAAUGAAAGUGCCAGAUGUGGACAUCAAAGGCCCCAAAGUGGACGUUGAUGUCCCAGAUGUGGAUGUUCAAGGCCCCGACUGGCACCUGAAGAUGCCCAAGAUGAAAAUGCCCAAAUUCAGCAUGCCUGGCUUCAGAGGAGAGGGCCCUGAAAUGGAUGUGAACCUGCCCAAAGCUGACAUUGACGUCUCAGGACCCAAGGUGGACAUUGAAGCCCCAGAUGUGAACCUUGAGGGGCCAGAAGGAAAGCUCAAGGGUCCCAAGUUUAAGAUGCCUGAGAUGCACUUCAAGGCCCCCAAGAUCUCCAUGCCUGAUGUGGACUUACACUUGAAAGGCCCCAGAGUCAAAGGGGAUGUGGAUGUGUCUGUGCCCAAGAUAGAAGGUGAAAUGAAAGUGCCAGAUGUGGACAUCAAAGGCCCCAAAGUGGACGUUGAUGUCCCAGAUGUGGAUGUUCAAGGCCCCGACUGGCACCUGAAGAUGCCCAAGAUGAAAAUGCCCAAAUUCAGCAUGCCUGGCUUCAGAGGAGAGGGCCCUGAAAUGGAUGUGAACCUGCCCAAAGCUGACAUUGACGUCUCAGGACCCAAGGUGGACAUUGAAGCCCCAGAUGUGAACCUUGAGGGGCCAGAAGGAAAGCUCAAGGGUCCCAAGUUUAAGAUGCCUGAGAUGCACUUCAAGGCCCCCAAGAUCUCCAUGCCUGAUGUGGACUUACACUUGAAAGGCCCCAGAGUCAAAGGGGAUGUGGAUGUGUCUGUGCCCAAGAUAGAAGGUGAAAUGAACGUGCCAGGUGUGGACAUCAAAGGGCCCAAAGUGGACGUUGAUGUCCCAGAUGUGGAUGUUCAAGGCCCUGACUGGCACCUGAAGAUGCCCAAGGUGAAAAUGCCCAAGUUCAGCAUGCCUGGCUUCAAAGGAGAGGGCCCAGAAGUGGAUGUGAACCUGCCCAAGGCUGACAUUGAUGUCUCAGGACCCAAGGUGGACAUUGAAGGCCCUGAUAUUAAUAUUGAAGGACCAGAGGGAAAGUUGAAAGGUCCUAAGUUCAAGAUGCCAGAGAUGAACAUCAAAGCCCCGAAGAUCUCCAUGCCUGACUUUGAUUUGCACCUGAAAGGUCCUAAGGUGAAAGGAGAUCUGGAUGUUUCUCUACCUAAGGUGGAAGGUGACCUAAAGGCCCCUGAAGUUGACAUGAAAGGCCCCAAAGUGGACAUUGAUGUUCCAGAUGUAGACGUUCACAGCCCAGACUGGCACCUGAAGAUGCCCAAGAUAAAAAUGCCCAAGAUCAGCAUGCCUGGCUUCAAAGGAGAGGGCCCAGAAGUGGAUGUGAACCUGCCCAAGGCCGACAUUGAUGUGUCAGGACCCAAAGUGGACAUUGAAGGCCCUGAUGUUAACAUUGAAGGGCCAGAAGAAAAGUGGAAAAGUCCAAAGUUUAAAAUGCCUGAAAUGCAUUUUAAGACUCCAAAGAUACCCAUGCCAGAUAUUGAUCUUAAUCUAACAGGUCCAAAGAUGAAAGGAGAUGUGGAUAUUACAUGCCCCAAGGUAGAGGGAGAUUUUAAAGUACCUGAAGUUGACCUCAGAGGCCCCAAAGUGGACAUUGAUGUCCCUGAUGUGGAUGUUCAAGGCCCAGACUGGCACCUAAAGAUGCCUAAGAUGAAAAUGCCCAAGUUCAGCAUGCCUGGAUUCAAAGGAGAAGGCCCAGAAGUGGAUGUGAACCUGCCCAAGGCCGACAUUGAUGUGUCAGGACCCAAAGCGGACAUUGAAGGCCCUGAUGUUAACAUUGAAGGACCAGAAGGAAAGUUGAAAGGUCCUAAGUUCAAGAUGCCUGAGAUGAACAUCAAAGCCCCCAAGAUCUCCAUGCCUGACUUUGAUUUACACCUGAAAGGUCCUAAGGUGAAAGGAGAUGUAGAUGUUUCUGUUCCUAAGGUGGAAGGUGACCUAAAGGCCCCUGAAGUUGACAUCAAAUGCCCCAAAGUGGACAUUGAUGUCCCUGAUGUGGACGUUCAUGGCCCAGACUGGCACCUGAAGAUGCCUAAGAUGAAAAUGCCCAAGUUCAGCGUGCCUGGAUUCAAAGGAGAGGGCCCAGAAGUGGAUGUGAACCUGCCCAAGGCCGACAUUGAUGUGUCAGGACCCAAAGUGGACAUUGAAGGCCCUGAUGUUAACAUUGAAGGGCCAGAAGGAAAGUUGAAAGGUCCUAAGUUCAAGAUGCCUGAGAUGAACAUCAAAGCCCCCAAGAUCUCCAUGCCUGACUUUGAUUUACACCUGAAAGGUCCUAAGGUGAAAGGAGAUGUAGAUGUUUCUGUGCCUAAGGUGGAAGGUGACCUAAAGGCCCCUGAAGUUGACAUCAAAGGCCCCAAAGUGGACAUUGAUGUCCCUGAUGUGGAUGUUCAUGGCCCAGACUGGCAUCUGAAGAUGCCUAAGAUGAAAAUGCCCAAGUUCAGCAUGCCCAGCUUCAAAGGAGAGGGCCCAGAAGUGGAUGUGAAUCUGCCCAAAGCUGACAUUGAUGUGUCAGGACCCAAGGUGGACAUUGAAGGCCCUGAUGUUAAUAUUGAAGGACCAGAGGGAAAGUUGAAAGGUCCUAAGUUCAAGAUGCCAGAGAUGAAUAUCAAAGCCCCCAAGAUCUCCAUGCCUGACCUUGAUCUUAAUCUGAAGGGCCCCAAAGUGAAGGGUGAUGUGGAUGUGUCUUUACCAAAAGUGGAAGGUGAGCUUAAAGUUCCUGAAGUUGACAUGAAAGGCCCCAAAGUGGACAUUGAUGCUCCAGAUGUGGACGUUCAUGGCCCAGACUGGCACCUGAAGAUGCCCAAGAUAAAAAUGCCCAAGAUCAGCAUGCCUGGCUUCAGAGGAGAGGGCCCAGAAGUGGAUGUGAACCUGCCCAAGGCUGACAUAGACGUCUCAGGACCCAAGGUGGACACUGAUGUUCCAGAUGUGAAUAUUGAAGGUCCAGAUGCGAAACUGAAGGGUCCCAAGUUCAAGAUGCCAGAGAUGAAUAUCAAAGGUCCUAAGGUAUCAAUGCCAGAUUUGGACCUUAAUCUUAAAGGCCCUAAAAUGAAAGGAGAGGUGGAUAUUUCACUUCCAAAUGUAGAAGGUGAUUUGAAAGGGCCUUCUCUUGACAUCAAAGGCCUGAAGAUAGAUGUAGAUGCGCCAGAUAUUGAUAUUCAUGGCCCAGACGGCAAAUUAAAAGGUCCAAAGCUGAAGAUGCCUGAUAUGCAUGCAAACAUGCCCAAGAUCUCCAUGCCAGAAAUUGACCUGAAUUUGAAAGGCUCAAAACUUAAGGGAGAUGUUGAUGUUUCUGGACCCAAAUUGGAAGGUGACAUUAAAGCUGCCAAGUUAGAUAUAAAGGGCCCAGAAGUGGACAUUUCUGGUCCUAAGCUCAAUAUUGAAGGCAAGUCAAAGAAAUCUCGUUUUAAGCUUCCCAAAUUUAAUUUUUCAGGCUCCAAAGUUCAGACACCUGAGGUAGAUGUCAAAGUCAAAAAGCCAGAUAUUGAUGUAACAGGUCCAAAAGUUGACAUUAAUGCUCCCGAUAUUGAGGUCCAAGGAAAAGUGAAAGGACCCAAGUUCAAAAUGCCUUUUCUGAGUAUUUCGUCUCCUAAAGUGUCUAUGCCUGAUGUGGAGUUAAAUCUGAAAGGUCCUAAAGUCAAAGGAGACUUAGAUGUUGCAGGUCCUAAUUUAGAAGGUGAUUUUAAAGGACCCAAAGUGGACAUUAAGGCACCAGAAGUUCAUCUUGAUGCACCUGAUGUGGAUGUUCAUGGUCCAGACUGGAAUUUGAAAAUGCCCAAGAUGAAAAUGCCCAAGUUCAAUGUGCCCGGCUUAAAAGCAGAAGGGCCAGAUAUGGCUGCGGAUCUGCCAAAAGGAGAUAUCAACAUAGAGGGUCCCAGAAUGGACAUUGAGGGCCCAGAAAUCAAUGUGGGAGGUCUAGAGGGAGGCUUAAAAGGUCCCAAAUUCAAGAUGCCUGAUAUGAAUAUCAAAGCUCCCAAGGUCUCCAUGCCUGAUGUGGACUUACACUUGAAAGGCCCCAAAGUCAAAGGGGAUGUGGAUGUGUCUGUGCCCAAGAUAGAAGGUGAAAUGAACGUGCCAGGUGUGGACACCAAAGGGCCCAAAGUGGACGUUGAUGUCCCAGAUGUGGAUGUUCAAGGCCCUGACUGGCACCUGAAGAUGCCCAAGGUGAAAAUGCCCAAGUUCAGCAUGCCUGGCUUCAAAGGAGAGGGCCCCGAAGUGGAUAUGAACCUGCCCAAAGCUGACAUUGGUAUUUCUGGCCCCAAAGUGGACAUUGAUGCCCCAGAUGUGAAUAUUGAAGGUCCAGAUGUGAAACUGAAGGGCCCCAAAUUCAAGAUGCCAGAGAUGAAUAUCAAAGCUCCCAAAAUCUCCAUGCCUGACCUUGACUUUAACCUGAAGAGCCCCAAACUAAAGGGUGAUAUGGAUGUGUCUUUGCCAAAAGUGGAAGGUGACCUCAAGGCCCCUGAAGUGGACAUCAAGGGCCCCAAAGUGGACACUGAAACUCCUGAUACUAACAUUGAAGGCCCAGAGGGGAAAUUGAAGGGGCCCAAAUUCAAGAUGCCAGAGAUGCACCUGAAGGCGCCCAAGAUCUCCAUGCCUAACAUUGAUUUAAACGUGAAGGGGCCCAAGGUGAAGGGUGAUAUAGAUGUUUCCCUUCCGAAGACUGAAGGAGAUCUGAAAGGCCCUGAGAUCGACAUCAAAGGUCCCAAAGUGGACACUGACGCUCCAGAUGUGGAUAUUCAAGGUCCAGACUGGCACCUGAAGAUGCCCAAGAUAAAAAUGCCCAAGAUCAGCAUGCCCGGCUUCAAAGGAGAGGGCCCAGAAGUGGAUGUGAACCUCCCCAAGACCAACAUUGAUGUGUCAGGACCCAAGGUGGACAUUGAAGGCCCUGAUGUUAACAUUGAAGGACCUGAGGGAAAAUUGAAAGGUCCUAAGUUCAAGAUGCCAGAGAUGAACAUCAAAGCCCCCAAGAUCUCCAUGCCUGACUUUGAUUUGCACCUGAAAGGUCCUAAGGUGAGAGGAGAUCUGGAUGUUUCUCUGCCUAAGGUGGAAGGUGACCUAAACGCCCCUGACGUUGACCUUAAAGGCCCCAAAGUGGAUAUUGAUGUCCCAGAUGUGGACGUGCAUGGCCCAGACUGGCACCUGAAGAUGCCCAAGAUAAAAAUGCCCAAGAUCAGCAUGCCUGGCUUCAAAGGAGAGGGCCCAGAAGUGGAUGUGAACCUGCCCAAGGCUGACAUUGAUGUCUCAGGACCCAAGGUGGACGUUAGUAUGCCAGAUGUGGAUAUUGACGGUCCAGAUGUGAAACUGAAGGGCCCCAAGUUCAAGAUGCCUGAGAUGAACAUCAAAGCCCCCAAGAUCUCCAUGCCUGACUUUGAUUUGCACCUGAAAGGUCCUAAGGUGAAAGGAGAUGUGGAUGUUUCUCUGCCUAGGGUGGAAGGUGACCUAAAGGCCCCUGAAGUUGACAUCAGAGGUCCCAAAGUGGACAUUGAUGCUCCAGAUGUGGACGUGCAUGGCCCAGACUGGCACCUGAAGAUGCCCAAGAUAAAAAUGCCCAAGAUCAGCAUGCCCAGCUUCAAGGGAGAAGGCCCAGAAGUGGAUGUGAACCUGCCCAAGGCCGACAUUGAUGUCUCUGGACCCAAGGUGGACAUAGACACUCCUGACAUUGAUGUUCAUGGUCCAGAAGGGAAACUGAAGGGCCCCAAGUUUAAAAUGCCUGACCUGCACCUCAAGGCACCCAAGAUCUCCAUGCCUGAAGUUGACCUGAAUCUGAAGGGCCCCAAGGUCAAGGGUGAUGUGGAUGUUACUCUGCCCAAAGUUGAAGGUGACCUCAAGGGCCCUGAAGUUGACAUCAAAGGUCCCAAAGUGGACAUCGAUGUCCCAGAUGUGGACGUGCACGGCCCAGACUGGCACCUGAAGAUGCCUAAGGUGAAAAUGCCCAAGAUCAGCAUGCCUGGCUUCAAAGGAGAGGGCCCAGAAGUGGACGUGAACCUGCCUAAAGCUGACAUUGAUGUCUCAGGACCCAAGGUGGACAUUGAUGUUCCAGACGUGAAUAUUGAAGGUCCAGAUGCGAAACUGAAGGGCCCCAAGUUCAAGAUGCCAGAGGUGAACAUCAAAGCUCCUAAGAUCUCCAUGCCUGGCAUUGACUUAAACCUGAAAGGACCCAAAGUAAAGGGAGAUGUGGAUGUUUCUCUGCCUAAGGUGGAGGGUGACCUCAAGGGCCCUGAAGUUGAUGUCAAGGGCCCCAAAGUGGACAUUGAUGUCCCAGAUGUGGACGUUCAUGGCCCAGACUGGCAUCUGAAGAUGCCUAAGGUGAAAAUGCCCAAGUUCAGCAUGCCUGGCUUCAAAGGAGAGGGCCCCGAAGUGGAUGUGAACCUGCCUAAGGCUGACAUUGACGUGUCAGGGCCCAAGGUGGACGUUGAUGUUCCAGAUGUAAAUAUUGAAGGUCCAGAUGCGAAACUGAAGGGCCCUAAAUUCAAGAUGCCGGAGAUGAACAUAAAAGCCCCUAAAAUCUCCAUGCCUGACCUUGACUUUAACCUGAAGGGCCCCAGAAUGAAGGGUGAUGUUGAUAUCUGUCUGCCCAAAGUUGAGGGUGAUCUCAAGGCCCCUGAGGUGGACAUCAAGAGCCCCAAACUGGACAUUGACACUCCUGAUAUCAAUAUUGAAGGUCCAGAUGGAAAACUGAAGGGGCCUAAAUUUAAGAUGCCAGAGAUGAACAUUAAAGCCCCCAAGAUCUCCAUGCCUGACUUUGACUUAAAUCUGAAAGGGCCAAAGGUAAAGGGGGAUGUGGACUUUUCACUGCCUAAGGUAGAAGGCGAUCUGAAAGGGCCAGAGGUGGACAUUGAAGGUCCUGAAGGGAAACUCAAAGGACCCAAAUUUAAGAUGCCUGAUGUCCAUUUUAAAACCCCACAAAUCUCCAUGAGUGACAUUGAUUUGAACUUGAAAGGACCUAAGAUAAAAGGAGAUUUGGACACUUCCAUCCCUAAACUGGAAGGAGAUCUGAAAGGCCCGAAAAUAGAUGUUAAAGGCCCUAAGUUGGACAUAGACACUCCUGAUUUUGACAUUAAUGGUCCAGAAGGGAAACUGAAGGGCCCCAAGUUUAAAAUGCCUGACCUGCAUCUCAAGGCACCCAGGAUCAGUGUGCCUGGCUUCAAAGGAGAGGGCCCUGAAGUGGAUGUGACCCUGCCCAAGGCUGACAUUGACAUCUCAGGACCCAAGGUGGACAUUGAUGUUCCAGAUGUGAAUAUUGAAGGUCCAGAUGCGAAACUGAAGGGCCCCAAGUUCAAGAUGCCAGAGGUGAACAUCAAAGCUCCUAAGAUCUCCAUGCCUGGCGUUGACUUAAACCUGAAAGGACCCAAAGUAAAGGGAGAUGUGGAUGUUUCUCUGCCUAAGGUGGAGGGUGACCUCAAGGGCCCUGAAGUUGAUGUCAAGGGCCCCAAAGUGGACAUUGAUGUCCCAGAUGUGGACGUGCAUGGCCCAGACUGGCACCUGAAGAUGCCUAAGGUGAAAAUGCCCAAGUUCAGCAUGCCUGGCUUCAAAGGAGAGGGCCCCGAAGUGGAUGUGAACCUGCCUAAAGCUGACAUUGACGUCUCAGGACCCAAGGUGGACGUUGAUGUUCCAGAUGUGAACAUUGAAGGUUCAGAUGCGAAACUGAAAGGCCCCAAGUUCAAGAUGCCGGAGAUAAAUAUCAAAGCUCCCAAAAUCUCCAUGCCUGAUGUCGACCUGGAUUUGAAAGGAUCCACAGGCAAAGGAGAUUUCGAUGUGUCUGUCCCUAAGAUUGAAGGGACUUUCAAAGGCCCAGAAGUAGACCUUAAAGGUCCAGGUCUGGAUUUUGAAGGCCCUGAUGCCAAACUCAGUGGCCCACAUUUGAAGAUGCCAUCACUGGAUAUAUCUGCCCCUAAAGUAACUGCUCCUGAUAUUGAUUUGCAUCUCAAGGCACCCAAAAUUGGAGUUUCUGGUCCCAAAUUAGAAGGCGGUGAACUGGACCUCAAGGGACCCAAAGUUGAUUUAGAAGCUCCAAGCUUAGAUGUACACGUGGAGAGCCCAGAUAUUAACACUGAGGGGCCAGAUGUGAAAAUUCCCAAAUUUAAGAAACCCAAGUUUGGGUUUGGGGCAAAAAGCCCCAAAGCUGACUUCAAAUCACCUUCGCUUGAUGUGACAGUUCCUGAGGCAGAGCUGAAUGUUGAGGCUCCUGAAAUUAGUGUUGGUGGCAAGGGCAAGAAAAGUAAGUUUAAAAUGCCUAAAAUUCACAUGAGUGGUCCUAAAAUUAAGGCCAAAAAACAAGGAUUUGAUUUGAAUGCUCCUGGGGGUGAGAUUGAUGCCAGUCUCAAGUCUCCUGAUGUAGAUGUCAACGUUGCAGGGCCGGAUGCCUCACUUAAAGUUGACAUGAAAUCUCCCAAGACCAAGAAACCUAUGUUUGGAAAAAUGUACUUUCCAGAUGUAGAAUUUGACAUUAAAUCACCUAAAUUUAAAGCUGAAGCUUCCCUCCCUGGCCCCAAAAUGGGGGGUGAAAUCCAGGCACCUGACCUGGAUAUUCCCUCACCAGGGAUUAAUGUGGAAGGUCCUGACAUCAAGCUGAAGGCUCCCAAGUUCAAGGUGCCAGGUGUGGAUGUCUCAGGGCCAAAAAUAGAGGGCGACUUGAAAGGCCCCAGGGUGCAGGCAAAUUUGGAUGCAUCUGACAUCAACAUUGAAGGCCCAGAUGCUAAAGUCAAAGCACCGUCAUUCAGCAUUUCUGCCCCUCAAGUCUCCAUCCCUGAUGUGAAUGUUAACUUGAAAGGACCAAAGGUAAAGGGUGAUGUCCCCAGUGUGGGACUGGAAGGACCAGAUGUAGAUCUGCAAGGUCCAGAAUCGAAAAUUAAGUUCCCCAAGUUUUCGAUGCCCAAGAUCGGCAUCCCUGGUGUGAAGAUGGAGGGUGGGGGAGCUGAGGUCCAGCUGCCCUCUCUAGAAGGAGGCUUGAGCGCACCGGGUGUUAAGCUUGAAGGGCCCGAUGUGUCUCUGAAAGGGCCAAAAGUAGACUUGCCUUCAGUGAAUCUCUCUGCACCGAAAGUCUCUGGACCUGACCUUGACCUGAACUUGAAAGGACCAAGUUUGAAGGGAGGCCUGGAUGUAUCUGUUCCCGGCAUGAAGGUGCAUGCUCCCGGGCUUGACCUCAGAGGUGUCGGUGGAAAGGUGAAGGUAGAAGGUGAUGGUGUGAAAGUGCCUGGAAUCGAUGCCACAGCAGUGCUUGACGUCGGUGCGCCAGAUGUGAUCCUGAAGGGACCAAGCCUGCAGGGAGACCUGGCUGUCUCUGGUGACAUCAAGUGUCCUGAAGUAUCAGUAGGUGCUCCUGAUCUAAGCUUGGAGGCACCUGAAGGUGGUAUCAAACUUCCUAAGAUGAAGCUGCCCCAGUUCGGCAUCUCCGCUCCAGGGUCCGACUUGGACAUCAGCGUCAAGGGGCCACAAGUUGCUGGAGAACUAAAGGGGCCCGGCAUAGAUUUGAACCUCAGAGGCCUGAACCUGAAAGGGCCUCAGAUCUCUGGCCCUCAAAUCUCAGCACCAGAUGUGGACUUGAACUUGGAAGGACCAAAAGUAAAAGGCAGCCUCGGGGCCAGUGGUGAGAUGAAAGGCCCCACGGUUGGAGGAGGUCUUCCGGGCAUCAGUGUUCAAGGCCUAGAAGGAAACCUCCAAAUGCCUGGAAUUACAUCAUCCAGGUGUGAGGUGGAGCUGCCAGGUGUGAAUGUGAAACUCCCAACCGGGCAAAUUUCUGGUCCUGAAAUCAAAGGUGAUCUGAAAGGUUCAGGGAUAGGUUUCCACGGGGCCCUUCCUGACAUUGGCAUGAAAGGGCCUUCAUUUAACGUGGCAUCUCCUGAGUCAGAUUUUGGUGUCAGCUUGAAGGGCCCGAAAAUCAAAGGAGGCAUGGACGUUUCAGGGGGUGUCAGUGCCCCAGAUAUCAGCCUGGGCGAGGGGCAUGUGAGCGUCAAAGGUUCCGGGGUGGAGUGGAAAGGACCCCAGGUCUCCUCUGCUCUCAACUUGGAUGCACCUAAGUCUGCCGGAGGACUUCAUUUCUCAGGACCAAAGAUAGAAGGAGGUGUCAAAGGAGGCCAGACUGGACUUCAGGGUCCUGGGCUGAGCGUGUCUGGGCCUCAAGGUCACUUGGAAAGCGGAUCUGGAAAAGUAACAUUCCCCAAGAUGAAGAUCCCCAAGUUCACCUUCUCUGGCCGUGAGCUGGUUGGCAGAGAAGUAGGGGUGGAUAUUAACUUCCCUAAAGCGGAGGCCAGUGUCCAGUCUGGUGCCGGAGAGGGCGAGUGGGAAGAGUCUGAUGUAAAACUUAAAAAGUCCAAAAUCAAAAUGCCCAAGUUCAGCUUUUCCAAACCUAAAGGGAAAGCUGGUGUCACCGGCUCACCGGAAGCAUCCAUUUCAGGGUCCAAAGGUGACCUGAAGAGCUCCAAGGCCAGCCUAGGCUCUCUGGAAGGAGAGGCAGAAGUCGAAACAUCUUCGCCCAAAGGCAAAUUCUCCUUAUUCAAAAGCAAGAAGCCACAGCACCGCUCAAAUUCCUUCAGUGAAGAAAGGGAGCCCUCUGCAUCUUCUACCCCUCCGGGAACUUUGGAGUUCGAAGGUGGGGAAGUGUCGCUGGAAGGCGGGAAAGUCAAAGGGAAACAUGGGAAGCUGAAAUUUGGUACCUUUGGUGGAUUGGGGUCAAAGAGCAAAGGUCAUUAUGAGGUGACUGGGAGUGAUGAUGAGGCAGGCAAGUUACAGGGGAGUGGAGUGUCCUUGGCCUCUAAGAAGUCCCGACUGUCAUCUUCUUCUAGCAGUGACAGUGGGACUAAGGUUGGCAUCCAGCUUCCCGAGGUGGAGCUGGCAGUUUCCACAAAGAAAGAGUAGCAGGCUUCCGUGUGUGUGUGUGUGUGUGUGUGUACAUAUAUGUAUAAAAAUACAUCAGCCUUGGGUGUGUUUGUAUAUAAACUGCAAAGAGAAACACGCCGACAGCCUCAGCAAUAACGCAAACAUCUGGCCUCUGGCAGGGGCAAGCGCUGAAAAGCCAACCGCCUUUAGGCGCCUCCUGGAGCUUUACGGAUAGGUAAAGAGUUCUAAGUUCUUCGUCCAGCCCGUGUGCAGAGUCAACAGUAUUUGCCUUAAGAUUUCCGUUUUUUUUUUUUUUUGCAUUGAACGCUGAGAGCUCCUGUUUACUAAGCAAGCUUUUGUGUUUAUUAUCCUCAUUUUUACUGAACAUUGUUAGCGUUGGGGUCAUGGAAACCCACUUUUUCAUUGUAAUGACUUUUGGGGCUUAUGUUAGUAAGGGUGGGGGGUGGAGAAGGCAGUAGAGGGGGGCCAGACCUUCAUUUCUCCUACCGUCGGAUCUACUCAAACAGGAAACACCCAAAGAUGGCUGCGAGGAGCCGCCAGGCAGGGCGUGUGGGUGUUUCUAGAACUCUUUAGCGUUGCUUUUUCUUCCCCAGGGGUGGCGGUCCCAGCCCGUUUGGUGCUCACGGUGAGAGGGAAUUUAGAAUCUGUUUGCAAAUUAGCCAACCCACCAACUCAACACGAGGGCCUUCCAUUCUGUGUGUUGUAAGAGAAAUGUUUUCUUUGUGAUCGCCACGUUCCUGAUAUUAAUUCUGAUUUCUUUUAACCAAUGUUAUCGUGAUUAAGAAAAUUUCCAGCACUUUAAUGGCAAAUUAAUUGAGAAUGUAAGAAAAUUGAUGCUGUCAAGGGCAAAUAAAGCUGUUUAUUAACCCGGA